AUGAAGUUUAACACGCUCGGCACCUCCGGCCUCUCCGUCUCCGACGUGUGCCUUGGCACAAUGACAUGGGGCGUGCAGAACACGGAGGCGGAGGCUCACGAACAGCUGGACUAUGCCCUCGCCAAAGGUGUCAACUUUCUUGAUACGGCAGAACUUUAUCCAGUUCCGUCCUCGGCACCAAAAUGGGUUCCGGGCAAGUCCGAGGAGUACAUUGGCACCUACUUGGCCACCCGUCCCGGUCUGCGUGAAAAGAUUGUCAUCGCCACAAAAUGUAUGGGAUUCGCGCCAAAGUCCAUCGUCGUGGAAAACCGCAAGGAGGGUGCUGAAUUGGACAAGAAGGACGGGAUGCCCAGUAGGCUUGAUAAAAAGAGCAUCAGGGAGGCUUGUGAGGCUAGCUUGAGGAGGAUGCAGACAGAUUAUAUUGACUUGUAUCAGCUCCACUGGCCAGAUCGUUAUGUCCCGCUAUUCGGCACGCGCAGCUACAAUCCCGAUCAAGAACGACCCGGCUCCGUGCCCAUCCGCGAGACGCUCGAGGGCCUCAAAGAGCUGCUGGAUGAGGGCAAGAUCAAGGCUUAUGGCUUGUCCAACGAGACUACCUUUGGCGUGUGUGAGUUUGUCCGCCUCGCCGAUGAGCUCGGCAUGCCACGCCCGGCGACCAUCCAGAACGCCUUCUGUCUACUCAAUCGCUCAUUCGAAGCAGAGCUUGCCGAGGCGUGUUCGCCAUCAAACUUUAACAUCGGUCUGCUGCCGUGGUCCGUGCUGGCGGGGGGCGUGCUCACCGGGAAGUACAACGGCAAGCUAGACGAUAACUUUGAGCCGAUGGACAACAGCUUGGAGAGAGCUAGAUUUGUCUUAUUUAAAAGCUUUCAAGGCCAUUUUGUCUCGAAGCAGACGUUAGGGGUCGCGGAGCAGUACAUGCAGAUCGCCAAGAGCAAAGGCAUGUCCGUGGCUACGCUGGCCCAAGCGUUUUGUAAGACUAGAUGGUAUAUCCCGUCCACUAUCAUCGGUGCGACAACGAUCGCACAGCUCAAGGAGAAUAUCGAGGCGUUUGAUGUCGAACUUGACAAGGAGUCGCUUGAUGCCAUCGACCAGGUGCACAGGGCGUGCAAGGACCCUUGCCUUGAUCUAUGAUGAUUGGCAGUGACCGAUCACCACCAGCUACUUGCUCUGGGUGCUUCGACAAAGUUUUUUGGACAGUGCGGGCAUUUUUAACGCCAGCACGGUCCACCAAACCGUAGCAAAUUUCCCCGGAAUCACACUCGGGCUAAUUGGGAGAGCUAAUUAGUAGAGCUGUUAGGGUGUUAGAUGUAGUAAGUUUGCAGGGCGAGAGAAAAUCGAUCUAGCAAUUUUCAAACCUGAUGCAAUUCUCCCGAAGAUUUAAAUAGAUGCCUGUUGUUCAUCGCAGCAGCCUUGGUCUUUGCGUAUUUUGUUCUUGCCCGACAGUGUUCAUAAUAGUGGAUUUCUCGGACAUCUCACUACACCUGCACUGCCGUUCAUCUACAUAAAACGGAGCAGCGCCAACGGAGGUCGAUGUUCCUGGGCAUGCAACACG